CCUUGAUCCCUUAGAAGAGGUCAUAAAAGCUUAUGCUUAUCUUAAAAAUCAUUCAUAAUACUUGUAUAUGUAUCCAGAUCCCAUUUAUCGAUGUACCUAAUCCACCACAGUCGCCAAAAUUUCUCUCCGAUUCUUCUCCAAGCCCACGCCCCAUCUGCAAGCUCAUCUGCAUAGACACUCACAAAGUCCCAAAUCCACGCCACGCAAACAUUUCCUAAGCUAGACCUACCUUUCUUUCUCUUUUCCUCUUACCGUAAUCAUAAAUCUAUCAUCCCACCCUGCUCCCAUUUCGUCUACUUUGUCUAUUUCCAUUACCAGGGUCACUCUCUUCUUAAUAUUUAUUCUUGGAUGUGCGGCUACGCUGUAGAUCCUGCGUGGUCUUUUUUUCGUUUUCUCUCCUAGCUGAGAAAUUUCAAAGGAGUUCCCCAACUUUGCCCUUCCUUUCCUCAGCCGACUACGCAGUACGCAGUACGGAACUAAGACACGUUGCAGCGUCGCAGCGCCUUUUCUUUAGGGAGCCUCGAAUCGGUAGCUGCUAGCUCUCGUCAGUUAUCGUCUUGCAACGUAGGACAGCUUAACAAUAUAGGAACUAUAGGAACUUUUUCCAAAUGUCCCAUUGAUCCGGUUUACCCUACUCGACGUACCCUCCUGCCGUGUCAGAAUCCUGGAACCAACUUUAAGGUCACCUAAGCAAGCCCGUCAAGAUGGCUCAACUUGACACCCUGGACAUAAUUGUCCUCGCUGCCAUCCUGGUAGGCACCGCCGCCUACUUUACCAAAGGCAAAGUUUGGGGCAUUGCCAAGGAUCCCUACGCCAAUGCCUUUGCCAACACAAACGGCCUCAAGGCCGGAAAGACGAGAAAUAUCCUCGAAAAAAUGGAAGAGUCCGGGAAGAACUGCGUCAUAUUCUACGGUUCUCAGACCGGUACCGCCGAGGACUACGCUUCGAGGUUGGCAAAAGAGGGUAAGAGUCGAUUCGGCUUGGAAACUAUGGUCGCCGAUCUCGAAGACUAUGACUUUGACAAUCUCGACACGAUCCCCUCUGACAAGGUUGUUAUGUUCGUCCUAGCUACGUAUGGCGAAGGCGAGCCUACCGACAAUGCCGUUGACUUCUACGAAUUUAUCACUGGUGAAGAGCCGUCUUUCUCCCAGAGCUCGGAUGCCCCUCUCGAGAAUCUCAAAUUUGUCGCUUUCGGUCUAGGAAAUAACACCUAUGAACACUACAACUCGAUGGUUCGCAAUGUCAACAAGGCUCUAGAGAAGCUAGGCGCCAAGAGAAUUGGCGAGGCUGGAGAAGGUGACGACGGCGCGGGUACUAUGGAAGAAGAUUUCUUGGCUUGGAAGGAUCCCAUGUGGGCUGCGCUUGCGGAGAGUAUGGGUCUUGAGGAACGAGAAGCCGUCUACGAACCUAUCUUUGGCAUUACUGAGCGGGAAGGUCUCACUAAGGAUUCUCCCGAAGUGUACCUGGGCGAGCCCAACAAAAUGCAUCUCGAGGGAACUGCUAAAGGUCCCUUCAAUGCCCACAACCCGUACAUUGCCCCCAUUGCUGAAUCCAAGGAAUUGUUCUCUGUUAAAGAUAGAAACUGCCUUCACCUGGAAGUUGAUAUUAGCGGCUCUAACCUGACCUACCAAACUGGCGAUCACAUUGCAAUUUGGCCGACGAACGCUGGGCAUGAAGUUGAUCUACUCCUUGGCGUCCUGGGACUCGAAGACAAGAAGGAUACUGUCAUUAGCGUUAAGGCUCUCGAACCCACAGCUAAAGUGCCUUUCCCCACCCCUACCACCUACGAUGCCAUUAUCCGGUACCACCUUGAGAUUGGCGCCCCAGUAUCUCGUCAAUUCUUAGGCACGCUAGCUGCAUUUGCUCCCGAUGACGAUACCAAGGCGGAGAUGACUAAGCUCGGUAAUGACAAGGACUAUUUCCAGGAUAAGGUUAGCAAGAAUCACUACAACAUCGCUAGGACUCUGAACGUCGUCAGUAAUGGACAGAAAUGGACCAACGUUCCCUUUUCGGCAUUCAUCGAGGGUCUCACUAAGCUUCAGCCCCGUUACUAUUCGAUUUCGUCCUCUUCCUUGGUUCAACCUAAAAAGAUUUCCAUCACCGCUGUCGUUGAAAACCAGUUGAUUCCCGGUCGUACCGAUCCCUUCAAGGGUGUGGCUACAAACUACCUACUUGCUUUGAAACAGAAGCAAAAUGGCGAUCCUAACCCCGAACCUUUCGGUCUCACCUACGAACUCCACGGCCCAAGGAACAAGUAUGACGGUAUCCACGUACCUGUACACGUGCGCCACUCGAAUUUCAAGUUGCCUUCUGAUCCCUCCAAGCCCAUUAUUCUCAUUGGCCCUGGUACUGGUGUGGCUCCCUUCCGCGGAUUUGUCCAGGAACGAGCUAAACAGGCCGAAUCUGGUGAGAACGUUGGUCGUACGCUACUUUUCUUUGGUUGCCGAAGACGGGACGAGGAUUUCAUGUACGAGUCGGAAUGGGAGGACUACAAGAAGGCUCUCGGCGACCAGUUUGAGAUGAUCAAUGCAUUCUCACGAGAAGGGCCCAAGAAGGUUUAUGUCCAACAUCGACUGAAGGAGAGAGCCCAAGAAGUCAACGAAUUGCUCGAGAAGAAGGCCUACAUCUACGUUUGUGGCGACGCGGCGAACAUGGCCCGAGAAGUCAACACCGUCUUGGCGCAGAUUAUUGCAGAGAAGCGUGGCAUUCCUGAGACGAAAGCAGAGGAGAUCGUCAAAAACAUGAGGGCCUCUAACCAAUACCAGGAGGACGUCUGGUCAUAAGGGCCGAGCAUUCGGCGGCUUGGUAUUUUUAAUGCAUGGCAGGGUGAGCGUUGCAGAUAGACUUUGCAUAGAAGAGAUUCGCUGCUGGCCUUGUUCGGAGUCACGGAGGUGUGAGCUUUUUACUGGCGCGGCUUGGGCGAUGGCACAAUCUCGGUUCGGGUACCCAAUACGCGGUCUAAUAUAGGGCUCCGUAUGUUCUUUGCGUAUAUAGCUUGGUCGCUACCUACCGUAAUUUCGUUUAUAGAUUGAUAUAAGCCUCUAAAAACUAGCCCGGGUGACCGGUCUCACUAAG